CAAGACGCGGUGUAGACGUUGAUUUUACCUCGGCAAUUAAGAGAAGUUUCAAGCCAUGUCUGUAGUAACGAGGAGUGCUUGUAGACUCAAACAUGUACCACUAUGUAGGAAAAGAUAUUUCCACAACAGUGCGGUUAGGCUGUAUGAACCUAAAAUAGAAAGGUUUGCUCAGUGUCCUCCACGCGUGUUCUCAGGAAUCCAGCCAACUGGAGUGCCACACCUGGGUAACUACCUGUGUGCUAUACGAAAAUGGGUGGAAAUGCAAGAGCAGUAUGACAGUAUGCUUGUCAGUGUUGUAGAUCUUCAUUCCAUUACAGUUCCUCAGGAUGCCACUGAACUCAGAGAGAAUAUUUUAGUGAUGGCUGCAUGUUUGAUGGCUUGUGGGAUAGAUCAUGAGAAGACAAUCCUGUUCCAACAGUCGUCAGUUUCCUAUCAUACAGAGCUUGCUUGGAUUCUGGGAUGUUUAUGUACACUACCACGGCUUGGAAGAUUACCUCAGUGGAGGGAAAAAUCCAAGACAGUGAAGGACCCUGGAAUUGGGCUGUUUACCUACCCCAUACUGCAGACAGCUGAUAUACUGUUAUACAAAGCUAAUGUGGUACCAGUUGGUGAAGAUCAGAUUAUUCACCUUGAACUGGCGACGGAUCUUGCUAGAGCUUUCAACAGGACAUAUGGCAUAAUGUUUCCUUCUCCUGAAGCCCUAAUAGGUGAUGUAUCAAAAGUGAGAAGUUUAAAGGACCCAACAUGUAAAAUGAGUAAAUCAGACGUAAAUUCUAUGUCGAGAAUAGACCUUACAGAUUCUGCCGAUCUGGUCCAAUCAAAAAUAAAAAAAUCAACAACAGACUCUGUUUCAAGGAUAUUAACGUAUGACCCUGAGAACAGGCCUGGUAUUUCCAACUUGAUAGAUAUACAUUCGCUGUUGACCGAUACAAAACCGGAGGAUAUAGUCCAUCAGUGUAAAGACCUCAAUAAAGUUCAGUAUAAAGAAAGGGUGUCGGAGAUUAUAAAUGAAACUAUUCAGCCCAUCAAUGAAAAGAUGACAAGGUUGUUGAAUGACAAACAUUAUUUACAUACUGUACUAAAAAAGGGGGCUGAAAGAGCAUCAGAGAUAGCAGAUAGAACUAUGACAGAAGUUAAAGAUUUGGUUGGAUUACGAUAACAUUAAAAUAGCUUUUAAAGUUCUUUUUUAAAAAACUUUUAUGUGCCUCCUUAAAAUGGUAUAUAGAUCUAACCUUGUUUGUUCGUCUGUCCAUUUAAUGUACAUAAAAAUCAUUUAUGUCAACUCCAUCAUUCAUUAUUUGAAGAAACUGGUUCAGAUUGCAGAGAAUGAUGGUCUCCUAUGGAAUGUAUUUGUACCUAACAGAGAAUUAUUUAAGAGACCAUACUUUAAAGGAU